UAUGGAGGGUUAUAGUGGCAGUAGCUGUGACCAACCGUGUAGCUACCCUACUUAUGGAAAGGAUUGUCUGUCAACAUGCAAUUGUGAGGAAGAGUACUGUAAUCAUAGCACUGGAUGUAAAGAGUGUAUGAAGAAUGGCAGUAACUGUGACCAACCGUUUAGAUACCUUACUUAUGGAAAGGAUUGUCUGUCAAUGUGUAAAUUUGAUGAACAAUACUGCAAUCAUAGCUCUGGAUGUAAAGGCUGAAGUAUUCCUAUCAUUCAACAAGUACAACGGAUUGGAAACAUUGUGAUGAUGAAUAGGAGAGCGAUACUCUAUGUUCUGCUAGUUUAUUUUGCUUCUGAAGUGAUAUCACAGUACCGUUUUCCUGUUCAUGAAGUCAAUUCCUGUCCCAAAAACCGAUCGGAGUGGUACACAGCUGGAGCCCGUCUUAACUGUUCUUAUGAUGGAAACAACACUCUACAGUACCUAUGCAUUCCGAACAAGAACAUAACAACUCUUCUCGAGUUUUGUUAUGACAGAAUAAUGGGAUUUAACGAAAAAGGCAAUUGUCUCCUUCUGUAUCCUCCUGGAAAUCUUACACAAGUUAGCUGCACGAAAUUUAGAGUUGGAUGUCCUGAGCAAGACCAUCUUAGCAGUGAUUUAUUUAAUUAUUCAAGUUGUUUGGAAAUAAACAAAGACCGUGGGUGCUUUGAAGCGGAUCUAAAUUGUGAUUACAUCGGCAAUGAGGAUAACACUAUCAUCAUGUAUGUUAUAUAUACGUACAUUUAUAUACUUUCAAGAAUUCUAUGUUACAGAGUUAUUCAGUAUUAUUAAUCAUGUGUGAAAAACUGUCAGAAAUCUAAUGAAAAAUUCCAUGAACUUGAAACAGGUAUA